GCUUAACAUCCUACAAAAAUGAUUUAAAAUUAUUGUCAUACGCAUUUAUCUUCACUCUGAUGAGGGCUCAGACGUGAUAACACCUGCGGCUCCCCAUCCCUGGAGGAGCUGGCGUGGUUGCUGUCGGCUGCCUUCCCUCCAUUAGCCACAGCUAUUGGAUUUCCCACCCAGAAUCUUUAGGUAAAUGAGAUCAUGAUUCUGGAAGGAAGUGGUGUAAUGAAUAUCAACCCCAGCAACAACCUCCUUCACCAGCAGCCGGCCUGGACCGACAGCUACUCCACGUGCAAUGUUUCCAGCGGGUUUUUUGGAGGCCAGUGGCAUGAAAUCCAUCCUCAGUACUGGACCAAGUACCAGGUGUGGGAGUGGCUCCAGCACCUCCUGGACACCAACCAGCUGGAUGCCAGCUGCAUCCCUUUCCAGGAGUUCGACGUCAACGGCGAGCACCUCUGCAGCAUGAGUUUGCAGGAGUUCACCCGGGCGGCGGGGACAGCAGGGCAGCUCCUCUAUAGCAACUUGCAGCAUCUCAAGUGGAACGGCCAGUGCAGCAGUGACCUGUUCCAGUCCACACACAAUGUCAUUGUCAAGACUGAACAAACCGACCCUUCCAUCAUGAACACCUGGAAAGACGAGAACUAUUUAUAUGACACCAGCUAUGGUAGCACAGUAGAUUUGUUGGACAGCAAAACUUUCUGCAGGGCCCAGAUCUCCAUGACAACCACCAGUCACCUUCCUAUCGCAGAGUCACCUGAUAUGAAAAAGGAGCAGGACCACCCUGCAAAGUGCCACACCAAAAAGCACAAUCCGAGAGGAACUCACUUAUGGGAAUUCAUCCGCGACAUUCUCUUGAACCCAGACAAGAACCCGGGGUUAAUAAAAUGGGAAGACCGAUCUGAGGGCAUCUUCAGGUUCUUGAAGUCAGAGGCUGUGGCUCAGUUAUGGGGAAAAAAGAAGAACAACAGCAGCAUGACCUAUGAAAAACUCAGCCGAGCUAUGAGAUAUUACUACAAAAGAGAAAUUCUGGAACGUGUGGAUGGACGAAGACUGGUAUAUAAAUUUGGGAAGAAUGCUCGAGGAUGGAGAGAAAAUGAAAACUGAAGCUUCCAACACUUUGAACCCAAACCAAAACAUACACCCGAUAACAAACAGAGAACUCCUGGACGUAAAUAUUUCGAAGACUACUUUUCUCUGAUAUUUAUGUACCAUGAGGGGGAAGAAAAACUACUUCUGACGGGAAGAAGGAACACUACUGCUGAUAAAAAAAUUAUUUUGUUACUUUGAAGUAUGUCCUAUAUGGGGGACAAACGUACACAGUUUUCUGUGAAAUAUGAUGCUGUCCGUGGUUGUGAUUUGUUUUCACCUCUAUUGUGAAGUUCUUUUCCACUGCAAGAACAGCAGGGUUUGUGGCCUUGUACUUCUUGCUUAGAGAAAGGAAAGGAAAAAAAAAAAAAUCAGAGGGCAUUAAAUGUUUUUGUAUGCAAAAUGAUUUAGAAAAAGGUGAUGUGUCCUCCGCACAUAAGCAUCCAUGUGGCCUUGUUAAGAGAGGUGGACAUGGUCGCCAGGCCGAACUCCGGGAUUUCAGAUUGAUGGAAUAAACUGGAAGAUUGCUGGGAAGUUGAACCUGACCUUUAGGAUCCAGUGAGUGGAGGAUGGGGGGCUUCCAAAAUCCAGGGUGGGUUGUAAUCACUGCAUAAUCGCAUGACUUGAAAUGUUUAAAUCAGCAAGCAGAAUAAUGGUGGGGUCUUUAUACUCAUUCAGGGAUGAUGUACCUGAUGCCAGGGGUAUCCCCCUCACUUUGCCUUGGAUGGUUGGUGGAAAAGCUUCAGUUACUUGUGUGCUCACUUCUAUUUAUCCAAAAGAGGGCCAGCCUUGGUUAUUUUUUUUUUCCAACUGCUUAAUAAAUGAGUGGGAAAAAAGAGGUGGUGGUGUGAGCAUGACUGAUGAGUUUGCUCUUCUAUCUCUACAGUCCAGGGUUUCUCAGCACAGGUGACAUUUUGGGUAGGAUCGUUCUUUGUGGUGAGGGCUCUCCUGUGCAUUGUGGGAUGUUUAGCAGUAUCCACGACCUCUACCCACUAGAUAUCGGAAGCACUCCUCAGCUGUGACAACCAAAAAUGUCCCCAGGCACCACCAAAUGUUUGUCCCCUGGGGGGCAAAAUUGCCCUUGAUUGAGAACCACCAAUUUAACCAGUCAAGAUGAAGAUGGUGAUUUAUUUUUAGAAUAAAAAAAAUAUGUAAGAUCUUUUAGUCCCUAGAGUGAAGCAAAAGCAAGACUUUAAAGUUAACCUAUUUUUAUUUUUGAAAGAGUUAGGGACAGUGAGUUGAAAUUUGUAGAGGAGCUACUUUUGAGAACCCCAGAUGAGAGCCAAAGACAGAUAAAUUAAACAUAGUAAUGUGGCAAGAACUAUAGUAGGAGACAUUUUCACUGAAAUUACAAGGCAGAGUUAAAAUUAUAUUGCAGGAGGAAACCCGGAGAGAAGAAUCUACGUAUGUGUGUGUGAGAGAGAGACAGUUCCAGGAAAAACCCUCUUGCAGGUGUUAAUUCUUACAAUCUUUUCUCUGUUGGAUCAUCUCUUAUCUGUCUCAUAUGAACUCUUCCCAAGUAAAUGGUUUAUUGCCUAGAUUUGCAUUCAGAGGAAUGUUUAAAAAAAGAAGGAAAGAAAAGAUGGAAAAGACAAACAGAAAACUCAGCUGAGGAGCUGUUGUCACCAAGGAGUUGGAAGCUUGUUCUGCAAUAAUGGGAUUGUUCUGGGGUACCUGGAGGCUUCUCUUUGGGCCCUGCAACCUGGGAGGAACGUGAGUCUGCAGACACUUUGAAAAUGGGUUUGGACAUACAGAUCCCUGUUGCCUGUUGCGGCUUUUCUUUUUGGCUUCCUCAUGUCCUUGACUUCCUCCUCCAGCCUGCCUCUCUUUCUCUCACGCAAUAAUAUGUGGGUAAAGACGUGCAGCAAUAGGAGGGAGUUCUCUUCAUCAACUACUAGAGCGCCUACCCCAGUGUCUUACCCAGUAGAGGUGAGCAGCUCAUAUUUAAAGGUUGCAAAGUGUUUGUAAUGUAUUUAAAAGUCUGGAAGGAAGAAGUAGUUAAGAAUUUGUGCUAAUUUUACUGAGAUCCAUUCUGGGUGGUGACCUUGGAGCACCCACGAAUGACCUUUAGAAGGUACAACCAGGUCCAUUCUUAUUUCCACUUGGCUUGCUCGCCUCCACGAAGGUUUUACUUGGUGUUGUCAAGUUACAGUUACUGAGGGAGCUGAUAAAAAUAACAACGAACAGCAAAGAUCCUGACUGUGAAGCUCAGGCAUUCCUGCAGAAAAGACACACCUUGCUUCCCAAGCAAGGCUGAAGAACUAUGAGGCCUUCCCAGCAUAUGACUGUUCGACACACAGAAUGAAUUGAACAUCCAGAUAUUUGGAUUGGUGAAACGUGUGAAUAUUUGUGUGUCUGUGUGUGCGUGAGGUGUGUGACGUUAUUCGGGGGAUCUGCCCGUUCUCUCUCUGCUGUUCCUUCCCUGGCUUUGUCUGUUCAUCAUCUAAGGUGGCUAGAUCCUUUUCUGAGUUCAUCCCUUUUCAAACCUGUGCGUUUCUCACAUUCCUCCAACUUGGCUUUGGCUCUUUCUGCAGCCUUUCCACUGAAGAGCAAUCCUUGCUAGGGAUAAAUGAAUCUGGGGAGUACCAAGUGGAGCAGUUCUGCAGAUAAUUAGCAGAUUGCGUUGUUUGUUGAAAGUGACGGUUUCCUGGCACCUGGUGCCUGUUUAAAAGGCUGGAGUAUUAAGUUCUCAGCAUAUCUCUCUAUUGUCCUGGCUUGAGUUUGCUGCAUUUUCUACGUGCUAUUCGUGACUUGGAGAACUCAAAGUAAUUGAGCCAUGCCAACUUGGGGUGUGGACAGAGUACUUACUCCCUACCAGUGUCAAAAGGGAGAGCAUAGAACUACAGAUAAGCCUGCCCCUUUCUUUUGGGGACACACAGCUUCUCACUUGAGAAGCUCAUUUGUGCUGUAUGUCUACAUGGUCACUAAACACAGUCUCCUUGGACCUCCCUGAGGUUUGAGCUUAAGGCUUGGGCUCUCUCUCAUUAGCAGGUUUUCAUGGGAACCCGAGGAAAGAAAUGUAUUGCUAAGACUUGACCAGGUUCAGAUCAUCUGAGGCUUCUAGAUAUUCGACUUGAUAAAACUUGAGCGAGGCUCUGGCUCCCAGAGAUGUAUCCUACAGUUUCUUGAAUGUGCCACAUGAGCAGGGAGGACCCAGGCUGUGAGUUUCUUUUUGAACAUGCUUGUCUUUCCUUAAAGUUCUCACCUUGCUAGCUGUAAGCUCUUUGAGGACAGGGACUAUAUCUUACCACUGUUGUUUCCCAUACCUAGCAUGAGAUGGGUGUACAAUAAAUAUGUGUUGAAUUAAUGAAUGACUAUCUUCUGGCAAACUCUGCUGAUUGGGAGCCCACACCUAUAAUUGGGGCGUGGAUCAUUUCUUCACUGGAAUAAGAAUACAACGGCCAAACCUUCAAGGACAUAUUACCUACUAUGAACAUUUUACUGUGAGACUCUUUAUUUUGCUUUCCUACCUGUGCUGAAAUGAAACCAAACAGACUGUGAGACUUACCUGGUACAAGAAGCCAGUAAUGAACCUUUGACCUGUUUUAACCAAUGAAGAUUAUGAAUGUGUUUAUAUGAUGUAAAUUGCUAUUUAAGUAUAAAGCAGUUCUAAGUUUUAGUAUUUUGGGAUUGGUUUUUAUUUUAUUUUUUUUUCUUUUUGAAAAAUACUGAGGGAUCUUUUGAUAAGGUACUUAGUAACACAUGUUAGAUUUUAGUUUUGCAAGUGUGUCGUUUUUCAAAUGUAUAAAGUAUAGAAAAAGGUAAAACAGGGAAGGCAGUUAUAUUAUUAUUCUAUAGUUAAAAGGAGCAUUUGUUGAGUGUCUACUAUGUGCACAGCAUGGAGCCAUAUGUGUGAGAGUUUGUCUAAUUAUACGGGAUGUACUAGAUCUUCAUAUUUACUUAUUGGGUGGAUACCUACUAUAUGAAUGAAAGAACAUCACAGCAAUCACAAUGUCAGAGCCAAAUUAUCCUCAGUGUUGCUUCUCAGGAUUCAAUUUCUGGAGUAAGAGAUCGAGCAUUUUUUAAAAAAAAUCCUGUUGAGACUGUGUCUGAUAAACUUCUGAAAUGUACAGACCUUCACAAAUUUAACUAAAUUUGGGAUUAAUCUUUCUGUAGCUGUCUGCAUCACUAUUGCUCUUUUUCCCAUCUGGCUUAUGGGUUGAAAAUUUGUGGGAAACAACUCUACUGCCACUAUUUUUUUUUUUAAAUCAACAAUCUUUCUCUUUAAGCUGUAUUAAAUUCAACUGAGUAUUUCUGUUUUAUGAAAGAAUUAUAUUUUUCAAAAUA